CCCUUUUAUCUCUCUCAUUUAUCCUACCAUACAUAUUUGCCCUACAACUUCAUCCCGUAUAUAUUCACCUUCUAACUUUACAAUACAAAGGCUACAAUGGCCAACCUUAAUCUAAGCUGCUUACACAUGCUAUUCUUCACCUUCUUCCUUGCAGCGCAUGCAAUACAAGGAUCUAGAACAACCCAAGUAAUACUUCCUUUCCAACAAGGGGUCUAUUUUUCUCCUCCAUGGGACUUGCAGCAACAGAGCAGCAAUGAAGCAAAGAUGAAAAGAAAUUCAAGGAGAUUGAUGAUUGGAUCCACAGCUCCAACCUGCACUUACAAUGAAUGUAGAGGAUGCAAAUACAAAUGUAGAGCUGAACAAGUCCCAGUGGAAGGAAACGACCCAAUCAAUAGUGCAUACCACUACAAAUGUGUUUGCCAUAGACCAUGAUUCAAGUUUUGUUGCAAAGUUUGAAGGGACAUGAUGUCGUUUUAUCCUUGAAGAACACAUUGCACCUUAACAAAUUUCCUGCUUCAAGGAAAGUUUAUAAUUAGUUUCUUGUUGGCAUGUUAUAUCAAAGGUCUAUAAAGUAAUAGAAAAUCAAGUAGCAUUUGCCUUUAAAA